CUUGUGAUGUAACAGAGCAUGACAGAAAAUAAUAGAAUGUUCUGAGUAUUCUAUUUUUAGAACAGUCACCCUGUUUUUUUUUUGCCCGAGGUUAAGUGUGUGAUAUUGAAAGUGCAAAUGGAAAGUUUUCUUCAAGGUACACAAGUGGUUUUGUCAGCAUCCUUCCUCUUAUCAUUCAAAAGUGUGACAUGAGAGAGUCAUGGCCUGAUCAAACUGAACAUCAGAUUUGUUUUGGGUUUUGUUCGUUUUUUGUUACUUUGAUGAAAAACCGAAAUCAAUACAAAUCAAACCGUGCUAAAAUAUUCUUGCUCUUGUCUCCUUAGAUUGUGGUUCCCAUCAUCUUUGUGUUCCUGAACUCUCCAGAGCAGCAUGGGCAGUCGGCCCAGUAAAGACCGGCGUGGAUCCAGCUCACAUGCUGUUCUCUUGGACACGGAGGAAAGAACUGAGCUGCUGACCAUGGACAGUGGUAGAUUCGUGGUGGUGUCCCUGUACGACUAUCCGUCCAGAGGUCCGGGUGACUGCACCAUCAGAGUGGGAGAGAGGCUCAACAUUUUGUCUGAUGAGGGAGAGUGGUGGAAAGUCAGUUCAUCAGCCACAGGAAAUGAGAGCUACAUCCCCAGCAAUUACACCGCCAAAGUGUACAACAGGUGGCAGUUUGUGGGUCUCAGUAAACAGAAAGCAGAGGAACUGCUGAUGCUCCCCCAUAAUCAGCCUGGCUCCUUCCUCAUCAGAGAGAGUGAGACCUACCCAGGUAACCACACUCUGUCAGUGCUUAAGAGCAGCUCGCAGGAGCGCGCUUCUGUCAGACACUACCGUAUCAGCUGCAUUGAGAACGGCUGGAUCUACAUCUCUCCCAGACUCACCUUCAGGACCCUCUCAGACCUGGUCGCACACUAUUCAGUUUCGGACGGGCUGUGCUGUACUCUGGGGGAGCCGUGCUACAUCAUUGGAUCCAACAAUGUUCCAGUGGUCACCGGCCCGCCUCCGGUUGCUGUGAAGAGGCCCACUAUAAACUGGAAAGACGUAAACAGCUCCAUGAUCUUCGGGCAGAGUAAAGACGGUGCGGAGAACUCUCUAGUGAGCGAAGGACUGAAGGAGGCCAUUAACUCGUACCUCUACAUGACUGAGGACUGUGAUGACUGCUGUCAGCUCUGGGACACAUGAGUGGAAGACUGGAGGACGAGUGUUUGAUUGACUUCGGUCUCUUGAUGCUGUGAUAUGGGAUGAAACACUUUGCAGAAACGAACCCGGAAACGAAAAAAAGCAUCUAUUUUCAUUAGUGUAUUUCUGCGUAAAAACUGUGUAAGAGCGAAAGCGGUGUCAGAUGAAAGUCCCAGAGAGGAGCACUGACUCAUUGGUGUUGUUCAAGAGUGGGUGCUGGAGACAAAGAUGUCACAGUUUCCUGUGUGGACGCGCUCCUGGCGGACAUAAAAGAGAAAACGACUGAAGGAAAGAACGAUAGAGGAGUGUGCGAGUGGGAGGGGGAACACAGCUGGGUGGCACACGCAUCCAUUUCCACUCCACUCACACUUUUUUUGGAACUUAAUCAGUGUUGAUCUUAUUUCAAAUUCGACCACAAUCAGAAAAUGAUGCAUCACAAGAAGCACAAAGAAGCAUCAUUAAUGGUAUCAGUGUUUGAUGUCAUUUUUUGUUGAAAAUGCCAAACAAAAUACGUAUUUAUGACUUGUAACACAAAUGUUGUUAAUCUUUGCUUAAAGAGAUAGUAAAGACCUAAAAAUGAAAAGUGUCAUUUACUCACAUCAUUCCAAGCCUGUUUGAGUUUCUUCUGUGGAACACAGAAGAUCAUUUGAAGAAAGUUGAUAACCAAACCAUUUCAGCUUCCAUUGACUUUAAUUGUAUGGUCCAAAAAUAUAAUGUUAGUCAGUGGGAAUCGCAACAGUUUGGUUAUCAACGUUCUUCAAAAGAUCAUUAAAAGAUCUUCUUUUGCGUUUAAAGUCAUGCAAGUUUGGAGAAACAUGGAGGUUAGAAAAACCCCCAGUUUCAUUCUUGGGUGAACUAUCUCUCGUGAUAUAUCAACCUAAGUUAUGUUGUUUUAAAUAAACUCGAGAAAAAACAAGG